AUGAUCCAAGUCCCCAACUCCCAGAUUCUAGUGCACAUCACCGCCGCGAGCACCGCACAAGAUGAUGCCCGCUAUAGGGCCCAAGUCGCCGCCAUAUUGGACUUCCAAUGUGCCUCACGCCACCCACUGAUGGAGAGCAACUCCUCACCCCCUACCAGUGCAGACAACACGCACUCUUUCUCCGCCGAUACCGCCGUACAGUCCUCGGUGUCCCCGACGACUCAACACGAGACUUCGCCAAUACUGCGGGAGGCGCCCCGGCCCGCAUUCACGGCCGUACCCUCGGAUCCUCGCUUACUCCCUGAGAAAGAUAGCCCAGCUCCACGCAAGCCCAUCAUCUCAAAUCAUCCCGACUCCCUAGACUCCCUCAUCAGCGUCAUUCCAGACUCCCAGCCCGAGAUCGACCAGGAACUAGUUCGCGCCGAGCAAUCUCAUGCAGAACUAUCGCCUCCAUCGCAGCUCACUCCACCUCCUAAAAGACGUCGCACAGCCCCGGCCUCGCCGGAUCUGGCGCAACCGCUUUUAAUUGCAGAUUCUCCUGCAGCGGACCAGCCCGCUGCAUCUCACGGGGUCAUCCCCAUCGACAACAAACAGCCCAUCCCCACUGGUUUCCCUGAAAUCCCCAUCGAAAUAUCCAGCUCAGACCAAGGAAAAGGUCCAGAUGCCUCCAUCACUCAUCCUACCACUCCCUCGCAUCACAUUCCCGCGAACACCCCAGCCCAAUCCCAAUCCCCGAAUCAGAUCAAUCUAUCCACUCUCCCUCUCGAAAUCCAUCCCCCAAGGCCACCAAUCUCCACUGCCCCUUUCACUACCCACAUAACCCCAACCCUAUCAAUGCUCACAGAGCGUCUAAACCCAGCACGAACCUACAAACCAUUCACUCAAACCCGCCCCCUCGACCCCCUAGAACGGGGCUAUUGGCUCGUGCACCUCGCUGUUGAGAACCCCCGAAGCCGAGAGCGAGAUUCAGCCGACCUUGCAGAUCCAAACCCAAACCCCAAAUCUGGAACCACUAAUGCCAUUCAAAGCCCAACUUCGCCAAAGCCAAAAGAGAUCAUGCGGACAUGGCCUUACCAGCUCUUUCAUGCCUUCUGGUCCUUCCUCUCGGACUUCGUUGGUAGGGACGGCCGUGCGGGAUGGGGCGUCUGGUGUAUCCUCGAGGCUGCGACGGCCCCGUCAACGCUCUCGUCUGACACGCACGUCUCUCUUAAAGUCUAUGCGUGGGGUGAGGUCGCUAUGCACGUUUACCUUCUGCUCUUCUUGGCGAGUGAGCGCCGGAUUCGUGGGAUGGGUGUGCAGUGGCGGGAUGCGGGGGAGGAAGUUGUUAUCCAGAUGCCGUAG